CGCGGCUAGAGCGAGAUCGCGGCCGGCGAGUGAGAGAGAGGCCGCCCUUGGUCUGGCGCUGGCGUCCCGAGGGCACCCUGCAAACACCACUCCCCAGCCCUGACUGUGGCCUCGAGCUGCUGCAUCACACGCCCCUGGGGAUUCCUUCUCAGCUUUGCAGGUGGGGAGACGAGGGCUUGGCUCAUCCCCAACCUCACCGGAGAAGGAGGGACAAGUCAGGCUCUGACCCCAGUGGCCUGCUUCCCGCCCUGCGAGGACCAGGUGAAAGGCGCGCGGACCAGGAGGAAGGCGCGAGGGCCCGGGGCUCUGGCAACUCCUGGGGCUCUGGUUCUGGCUCUGCUAGUAACUUGCCUGUGGUCUUGAAGUCCUCUCUCCUCUCUGGCUCUUAGAGAUGAGACACCAUCACCAGUAUCUCAGAGUAGCUGUCAGCAAGCGUGUGAACAAUCGAGUGUAAAGCCAGCUUGUAAGCUGUAAAGUGUCUUGCACAUGUCAAGGACCAUCACGGUUGCCUCUCUAUUGCUGUCUUGUCCUCUUCGUCACCCCGGCCCCAAGGGCAGCCUCGGUGACAUCCAGCUGCACAGUGAGCCUGGUCUCGGAACUCUCCAUGCCCAGGGAUUUCAGCCUGCAGGCCCUGUGUCUUCCCAGGUGACCACGCCGGCCUCAGGACAUGCACGGGCACAGCCGCAACGGGCAGGCCCACGUGCCCCGGCGGAAACGCCGCAACCGCUUCGUGAAGAAAAACGGCCAGUGCAACGUGUACUUCGCCAACCUGAGCAACAAGUCCCAGCGCUACAUGGCGGACAUCUUCACCACCUGCGUGGACACGCGCUGGCGCUACAUGCUCAUGAUCUUCUCCGCGGCCUUCCUCGUCUCCUGGCUCUUCUUCGGCCUCCUCUUCUGGUGCAUCGCGUUCUUCCACGGUGACCUGGAGGCCGGCGCGGCGGCGCCAGCCACGGGGGGCCCGGUGGGCAACGGCGGGGCGGCCCCGGCGGCCCCCAAGCCCUGCAUCAUGCAUGUGAAUGGCUUCCUGGGUGCCUUCCUCUUCUCUGUGGAGACGCAGACCACCAUCGGCUACGGCUUCCGCUGCGUGACGGAGGAGUGCCCGCUGGCCGUCAUCGCUGUGGUGGUCCAGUCCAUCGUGGGCUGCGUCAUCGACUCCUUCAUGAUCGGCACCAUCAUGGCCAAGAUGGCGCGGCCCAAGAAGCGCGCACAGACGCUGCUGUUCAGCCACCACGCGGUCAUCUCGGUGCGCGACGGCAAGCUCUGCCUCAUGUGGCGCGUGGGCAACCUGCGCAAGAGCCACAUCGUGGAGGCCCACGUGCGCGCGCAGCUCAUCAAGCCUUACAUGACCCAGGAGGGCGAGUACCUGCCGCUGGACCAGCGGGACCUCAACGUGGGCUACGACAUCGGCCUGGACCGCAUCUUCCUGGUGUCGCCCAUCAUCAUCGUCCACGAGAUCGACGAGGACAGUCCGCUCUACGGCAUGGGCAAGGAGGAGCUGGAGUCGGAGGACUUCGAGAUCGUGGUCAUCCUGGAGGGCAUGGUGGAGGCCACGGCCAUGACCACCCAGGCCCGCAGCUCCUACCUGGCCAGCGAGAUCCUGUGGGGCCACCGCUUCGAGCCCGUGGUCUUCGAGGAGAAGAGCCACUACAAGGUGGACUACUCACGCUUCCACAAGACCUACGAGGUGGCCGGCACGCCCUGCUGCUCGGCCCGGGAGCUGCAGGAGAGCAAGAUCACCGUGCUGCCGGCCCCGCCACCUCCGCCCAGUGCCUUUUGCUAUGAGAACGAGCUGGCCCUCAUGAGCCAGGAGGAAGAGGAGAUGGAGGAGGAGGCGGCCGCGGCGGCCGCGGUGGCCGCAGGCCUGGGCCUGGAGGCGGGCUCCAAGGAGGAGGCAGGCAUCAUCCGGAUGCUGGAGUUUGGCAGUCACCUGGAUCUGGAGCGCAUGCAGGCCACCCUCCCCCUGGACAACAUCUCCUACCGCAGGGAGUCGGCCAUCUGACCUCCAGGCCCUGCCCGCCUCGCCUCCUGCCGGCCGAGCCCCUGCCCCGGUGGGAAGCCAGGAUGCCUCUCCCACACUCGUGACAGAGCUGGCCCAGCUCUGUGGACCUCCUGGAGGAAGGUGGGGACAUCCAAGACGGGGGGACCCUUCCUGCCGACUGCAGAGCCCAGGCCUGGGGAGCGCCUGGGGACUCGGUCCAAGCUCCCAGCUCCUGGCCGCCAGUGGCUGCGGCCCCUGCACCUUCCGCCCUUCCCCACUGACCCGUCAAGGACGUGCCCCGCCCCCGCGCCCUCCGAACUUGGGGAAGGCGGCUGGACUGCUGGGGAGUGGGCAUUUUGGGGUUCUGGGGGGGCAGGGGGUGGGGCUGGGAGGGGGGAGGGGCGCGUUUCUCUUGCAUGACUACAGCCUUGUGCUCUCCUGACUUUCUUUUGUAAAUAUCUACAAACGGAGUGAGCUAGAGACGCCAGAUCCACCUCCGCCAUUUUUACCUGCAGGACAAGGGGGUGUUGCCCCUCUCUUCCCCCCACCGUCAUGCCCAGCCCCUUCCCCUGUCCAGCUGGCUGUCCCCAGAGCCCCUUCAAAGCCAAAGUGUGUCCCCUGGAUGGUGUUGGGUUUGGGUGCAGAGGCGGAACCCCAGGAGGCAGGCUGAGGACCUGUCCCCCUCCCUCCCUGCGGUCCUCGGGUCCCCCUGGCCCAGCUCGGACUGAUAAUGGAGUUUGUAACUAUCUAUUUUUAAUAAAGUAUAUGGUCCGAUAGGCCGAGCUGGCUGAGAGGGAGCGGUAGGCAGCACAAUGAGGGAGCGUGUGUGCACGCGUGUCUGUGUGUCCCUGUCUGACACUCUGGCCCUGCAGGGGUCGCAUUGCCUGCCGCUGUCCUCCCAGGGUGGAGGAGGGGUCCUGAGUGGGCAUCAGGGAACCUGGGCCUGAGUCAAAGCUUUGGGGCAGUGGAAAGGGCUCCCUGACUUGCACACUCACGCUCACACAGACACACAUGUGCGCACACACGUGUGACGAGGCUGACUGCGGGACACGUGGUAGGCAGGAUUCCAGGAGCCAGUGGGAAGCUUGGUCAGUCCAGGCCUGGUCUUUGCCUCACUGUGGGGCCCCCUGAAAACUCAGCUCUCUAAAAACUCAGGUACCCAUGAUUCCCACGGCCUCAAGGUCCCCUCGGCGGCUCCCAGCCCAGCCUCUCUUGAAUGCACGCCAACGGCUGCACCUGCUGCCAGGCCAGCCGGAGUAAGAUCCAAGGCUACCCCAUCCACAUGUCGCGGGGGCCUGGCAGCUGGCUGGGGGCUGUGCGUCUGCUCUGGGGACCUCUCUCUUCCUCUGUGGGUUGGCAUCAGAUCCUUUCACGACAUCUCAGGACAGCCUCCUAGGAGCAGAAGCAGAAGCCGCCAGGUCUCAGAGGCCUAGACUUGAACCUGUAUAAUGUCAUUUCCGGGCAUGCCAUUGGCCGUCCAGGUCACCCAGCCAACCGAGGUGCACAGGGUAGGAAAUGAGAUGCCACCUCUUGGGAGAGAAGCCAAGUCCCUGCUGCAAAGGGCAUGCACGAAAAGAAGAGGGGUGGCCAUGCAAGGUGACCUAUUUCAGGCCUCUUGAAAGCUUGAGAGUCUGCAGCCGCCUUCAGCUCUUGCUCUAUUCCACCACCAGCUGCGUACGCAGUACUCAGAUUACAGGAAAGCAGAAGGCAUCUUCCCUGGUCCUAGGGAUCUUCCAUGCCAAGGUGCCAGCUACCUCAGGGUAUGCAGGGAGCCAGCCACCAGGCUCACCCACUGUGAGGCGUUGUGGGCGGCCAUGGGAACAGCCCCCUUCCAUCAGCCCUGCAACGAGGCUGCCGUGGAGUAAACUGCAGGGCAUCUGCGUGCUUUAACAAUUUAACAAAGGAGCCCAAGGCUUCCUUUGGUGGUGGGGGGGUGCCCCCCUGGAUCCAAGGUGACACCUUCCACAUCCUUCAGUUCAGGUUUCCUCCAGCCCUGCGAGCCCCAUGUCCUCCUCUCCUGCCUGCUUCAUUCCCCAGGGCUUUGGGCAACAAGGCGUGAGAGGGGAACUCAGGGCCGCCCCCAGACUGGGACUCAUCCCACAGGACACACAGCUGUCCCCCUGGGGAGAGGCCAGGCUGCAGGAGGGACAGGGACACACGGAGGGCUGGUGCUAGGAGGAGCAGCCAGGGACAUCUUAGGGUCUCCCCUCCCAAGCAUCUUCUGUCACCGGUUGCCACUUGCUGGGACGUUGGGGCAAUCGCUCCUCUACGGUGGCCUGCCUCUCUGGUCAUAGACAAGGUGACCCCUAAAGCCAAGACUUUCGGGCUGGAGUGGCAAAGGGGGAGGACAGUGUGGGCAGGCAAGUGACAGAGAGAGAGAGAGAGAGAGAGAGAGAGAGAGAGAGAGAGAGAGAGAGAGAUGGUGCUGCAGGAGGCUCCAGGUGCAGGAGGCCUCGGCUUCUGCAAACUUGCGCUCGCUCCCUCGAGGCCUCAGCUCUGCUCGGUGCUGACUCACCUUCCUCUCCCACCUGCUCCCCUGUCAUCGCCUCCCACCCGCCUCCCGCUCGCUCGCUCGCUCACAUCCUCCCUCCACGACGGCUCGGUGGCCCGAUGGCUGCCUCUGGGGGCGGCAGGAGCUCGGGGCCCCUGGCUACCGUUGCGCACAUGGGUACAUCAGCCUUGCAGGGCCUGGAGGUGCCGCCCUGCUCCUCUUCCCCAGCCCAGCCCACUCCCCCUGAGCCAGGAAAGGGGGACCCCACGCCACCUGCCACGCCCGGCCUCCCCGCUGCAGCCCAGCCCGGUUGGGGGCGGGGGGACCUGGGAUGGGCAGGUGGCUGGAGGAGCAGGAAGGGAAGGGGCUGGAAGCCUCCCCUCUGUGCCCCGACCUGGCCGGGCUGCCUGACCCCGUCCGCUCUCCUGGCCGCUGUGCAGUGUCCUCCUGCCGGCCCAGGACCACGGCUGGCUGAGAACGUGGGUCCCUUCUCCAAAAAAUCGGGACGGCACUAAAAACCAUCAAAAGCACUAAAAUAUAAAACAUUUCCCUUUCUUACAAUUUCCUCCUCUGCUCGUGCUCACGCGUUGUGUCACUGAAGCUCACGGACAGAGCACAGAUUCAAAAAUAAAACUAAGAAGUUCAAGACA